UCCUAAUUAUCUUUAGAAAAACGACUCUAUUAGAAGUAAACCCUUCUCUUAAUCCUCCUUCCAAACCCCAACCAAAUCUCUGUACCUAACCACAAACUUAAAAGGAAAUAAUCAAGAAACUCGAUUAACAUUCCAUGGCCAGCAGUCCAUCUCAGAACUGUGUCAUAUUGCUCCUCCUCCUCAACUUCUGCAUAUCCCUCAUUCUUGCUUGUAUUGGAGGAUGGGCCCUAAAUUAUUCCGUCCAAAAUGACUAUUUCAUAGAUAGAGGGGUGGUGCCACCGAGAGACUACUCACCGGUGUACUUCCCCAUGGGAAAUGGUGCCACUGGUUUCUUUGUUAUAUUUUCAUUGAUAUCUGGAGUUGUUGGUGCUGCAUCUUCUAUUGCAGGGUUAUCUAAGAUGCUUCCUUGGGGUUCUGAUCAUGGCUGGCUUCCGGCUGCUCGGUCUUCAGGUUUUACUGCAUGGGUUCUCACUCUGCUUUCUGCUAGUUUGGCUAUUAAGGAGAUUGCUCUUGAAGGGAGAAAUGCACGUUUGAGGACCAUGGAAGCUUUCAAUAUUAUUCUUGCGGUGACACAGUUUGCAUCCAUUGUGGCAAUUCAUGCUGCAUGAAUUUGAUGAGACUUUUAUUUUCAAAGAAGUUUGAGAAUUAUUUGGACCAAAUGCAAGGCUUCACCUUUUUCUAAUUGUUCCUUGCGAAGUUCUAAUUGGUGGCUUACUGUUGUUCUAUUCAACCAUGUCUAUAAGCUUCAAGUAAACAACAGCAAGUUCGAUAACUAACACCUUCAUUAUUUAUGGAGAGAAUGUGAUAUGGUUCAUGUGAUGGUUGUAAUUAAUCUUAUUUCUGCUGAUCUGUUGCAACGGAAGGGUGCCAUUCAUUGUUCAAGAUUGCUGUAUUAU